AUAGACAAAAGAAAAAAAAACAAUCACAAACGGUAGCGAAUUCAAUGGAUUUGUAUACAAUUAAACCAAUUGCUAACGAAAAUACUCUAUUUAAAUAAAUGUAAAUCUUGAUGUGUUUCGAAUGAUAAAAUUAAACAAUUUAGUACAAAAUACCAAUAAAAAUGUUUGAACUGUAUUGUUGUAACUGUUUGUUAAAUUUGAAGACUGAUACAAAAUCGUGAUUAUCAGUUAAAUUACAAAUGUGUCUCCACAGCCGUCUAUGAGCACUAGUAACAGUGGUGAAUUUUUAAUUUUGCAUUAAAUAAUGAGGUAAAUUUUGUUUUUGAUUUUAUAUAGAAAACUUAACAAUUGCAGGUGUAACUCGAUGCUUAAUGUAAUGAAAUCUAUUACGAUAUUGAAUUGUCAGCUAAAAAAUUGGUAUUUAAUUGUAAAGAAAAUAAAUUUCUUUUGAUUUGUUAAAAUUAAGACCUUGAAGUGUUAAGUCGUUUGCUGUUCGAAACUUAAACGGAAGAAAUAAGUUUUUUAAAAAAUAGAAAAAAGGAAAUUAAAAAAAAAUUGUGUGUGAAAUUACAAAAUUUAUAUAAAAUGAAAAUCCAUAUUUGUUUAUUAGUCCUAAUAAUUGGAAUAUGUUUUACAUCUUUAACUAAGGCCUAUACCACUAGUCAUACUGAAAUUGUUAAACACACCGAUUCCUUGGAUCCCAGCAAAGAUGGUUUUUGGUCUGAGAAAAAGUCCUGGAAAUCUCGUUGGGUUAAAUAUUGGAAACCCAAAACCAUUUAUGUGCCCAUAUGGAAAAAAGUCUGGUCACCUAUUAUACAAAAGGAAUGGGUACCUUUGCCUAACUCACCACCUGGUUGGACUAAAUCGAGUAGUAAUACAAAAUUCAGUGAAUACAAAUAUUAAGAUAAAAACAAUUUAAAAAGUCAAUUUU